AUGAGCUGUGCUGCGAUUGCUAGGAGACUAACUCGUACGACACACCUGUUGAUUGUUCAACGUCAGUAUCUUCUUCUUCGUGGAGCUUCGAGAUCGUUUUCCACCUCAUAUUUCCACAUUGCUUCCUUCUCUUCAGCAUUUAAUCGAACACGUCGUGUGCAUUCUCAAAUCUCAAUACAUGUCCCACAUUUUACCUAUUCCAAUGUCUUCUCCACUCAAGUCACCCACGAAACAUUUGAUAUCAACAAAGAAGUGGUGGCUCCGUUGGAGAAUGGUCUGAUUGAUUUAGUCAGACAAGUCUCUGAGCUAGAGUCAGAGGCUGAUGCAAUGGCUACUCUGGAAGAGUCAUCUUUUGAUCUAAAGAAUGAUUCUUUGUACUCUUUAAUCUGGGAACUAAGAGAUGAAUGGAGGCUUGCCUUUCUAGCUUUCAAAUGGGGAGAGAGAAGAGGCUGUGAUGAACAGAAAGCUUGUGACUUGAUGAUAUGGGUGUUGGGUAAUCAUCAAAAGUUCAACAUAGCUUGGUGUCUGAUCCGUGACAUGUUUCAUGUCUCAAAAGAUACAAGAAAGGCCAUGUUUCUUAUGAUGGACAGAUAUGCUGCUGCUAAUGAUACAAGCCAAGCUAUUAGGACAUUUGAUAUCAUGGAUAAGUUUAAGCACGUUCCUGAUGAUGAAGCGUUUCAAGGGUUGUUACAUGCUUUGUGUAGACAUGGGCACAUUGAAAAAGCUGAGGAGUUUAUGCUUGCAAGUAAAAAGCUCUUUCCUUUGGAUGUUGAGGGAUUCAACGUGAUUCUUAAUGGUUGGUGUAACGUUUGGACUGAUGUGACUGAAGCGAAGAGGAUUUGGCGAGAGAUGGGGAAUUACUGUAUCACGCCUAACCAGGACAGUUACAGUCACAUGAUCUCUUGCUUUUCUAAAGUUGGAAACCUUUUUGAUUCUCUUAGGCUUUUUGAUGAAAUGAAGAAACGAGGGUUUGUUCCCGGGGUUGAAGUUUAUAAUUCUUUGGUUUAUGUGUUGACUCGUGAGAAUUGCUUUGAUGAAGCUGUUAAGCUUGUGGAGAAGAUGAAGGAGGAAGGUUUAAAGCCAGAUUCAGUUACUUACAAUGCGAUGAUACGGCCUCUUUGUGAGAAGGGAAAGGUUGAAGAAGCCAGGGAUGUGUUGGCAACCAUGAUAAGUGAGAAGCUAAGUCUUACAGUUGAAACAUUUCAUGCUUUCCUUGAAGCUGUAAAUUUCGAUCAAACUUUAGAGGUUUUAGAGCAAAUGAAGACUUCUUGUUUGGGUCCUAAGGAAGACACCUUUCUUCUCAUUCUUGGAAGAUUGUUCAAGGAAAAGCAACCGGAGAAUGCUUUGAAGAUCUGGGCAGAGAUGGAUCGUUUUGAUAUUGCGGCUACUCCUGAUCUUUACUUGGCCAUAGUACAGGGCCUUUUGACAUGUGGGUGGCUCGAGAAGGCCAGAGAGAUAUAUUUAGAUAUGGAAGCAAAAGGAUUCCCAAGUAAUCCUAAGCUCCAGAAACUUCUUGAGGAGCAAAAGGGGAAGGGGGUCAGGAAAAGCAAGAGGAAAGAUCUUCAAAAAGGUUCUCGAGGAGGCUAUAGAGGUGAACGAUCAGUAUACAAAAAUGAAUCUGGUAGGGGUAAGACUUGACGAUGUUGAUCAAACGAUCACUCAAGUAAAGCUGAUUCUCAGACCUCGUGAUCUCACAACUUCACAGAAUUGUCAUGCAAGCAAUCUGUCCCUAGCUCAUCUGUACAUCUGGUUUUGUUGCUUUCACUACAUCCCCCGUGCAGUUUUCCAGGACUAAAACAUUAGCAACUAUGCUGUUUCAGGAACCCCUUUCCGGAUUACAUGACAUACGGUAGAAACUAUUUUGAUGAUUCUGGAUUAUUAUUGGCUCACACGUCCACUCAUCCUCCAAGUUCAAGUAAAGGAAAUUUGAGUUUAACGUGUAUGGUAUGAACCAGACCACUCAAUAGGCAAAUGCUGAGCUCACUUUGUUUCGAAAAACUAGACCUUUAGGGUUCUCACUGUCCAGCUUGUCGUUUUCUGUGUUCUUUUACCUUAUUUUGUUUAUAACUCAUCUAUCUUUACUCAUGAACCAUGAUGAUUGAUAUGGCUUUGGAUUCUUUUUAGUGUUGCAAUUGUCAUGCCACAUUUCAAAGUACCAUCAUUUUCCUCCUUAAAGAAAACUUAUGGGUCCC